AUGAAUUAUUGGAACUUCACAAUCAUUGUGCAGAUAAUCCACUGCACAUGUGAUACAAAUGAAGUAUCAAAGAUCAGGGUCUGCACAGAGGAGAUGCAAGAACAAAACAGCACACUAGAUUUGACAUCUACGCCAAUUGCAUGUGGGACACCAAGGACUGCCAUAGAUACGCCUCAACAAUCACUCAUGAAGCCAAGAACAUAUGACCAAAACAAGGGAACCCAACUCGCCACGAAAUCCAACAGCAAGAGCUCAACAGGUCAGACAGAACCCAAAAACAGAGCAACAAAGUGUCCUGGCAAACAGCUGACCUUGGUGAACCGCCUGAACUCAGACCGGAAACACUUGGACCGGGAGGAAGGUUGGAAUGGCAUCUCACCACAUGGGCCAAGCCACCAAGGGCCAAGGGGUUGUGGAGCAACCUUUGGCCGGCAAGAGGAUAAACUACGGAGUGGUUUAGAAUCCCAAAGGCACCCUGCAAUCAAGGGCUGGAAGUCCUUGCAUUCUGUCUCUGGUCGAGUGGAUAUGACCGUGGAGGAAAGAUUUGGGAUAUUAGAAGAAAAUAUGAGAUUAGUCAUGCAAACUCUGAAUCAAUUAAGGAUCGACAAUCAACAGGAUAGAACACCAAACCCUAAUUUGCGACCCUACGAAGAUAGAACGGUUAAAAUUGAUAUUCCUGAAUUCGAUGGACAUUCCUAUGACCCUGGGAAAUAUCUUGAAUGGGAAGAUCGAAUGGACAAUUACUUUGAAUUCAAGAACACGCCCCCAGACCAACAGUACAAACUAGCUAAGGUUAAGUUGAUUAAAUCGGCUGCCAUAUGGCUCGAGGGAGUGCAGAAACGUAGAGUCAGGGAAGAGAGGGGUAGGAUUAAUUCUUGGACCAAACUCAAGAAGCACAUGAGAAGGAAGUAUGUCCCAACUACCUGCAAACAGCAGCAGUAUGUCCAGUUCAGUGCUUUAACCCAUGGGAAUCGACCUGUGCAAGAAUACAUCCAUGAAUGGGAUAGGCUAAGUGUUCUUUGCGACAUUAAUGAUCCUGAAGAAUUAAGAGUGAGCAAGUUUAUAGCAGGAUUGAGGGAGAACCUUAGACACCAAUUGAUGAUUACACCCGAUUUGACAGUGCACUCAGCAGGGCUACAAGCCAUUGAGCUGGAAAGGAUUGCUAACAGAUUCACCCACGCACCAAGGCAGCCUAGUAAAGCCUACACACCCAGGAACCUAAGCACCACACCUACACCUAAGAAAGACCAGCAGAACAGUGGGCAAAGGACUAACAUAGUGAGAGGAGACCCACCUACAAACCCCAAAGAUGUGGUAUGCUUUAAAUGUAAUGGGAGAGGACACUACAAAAGAGACUGUCCUAAUGCUAGGGCUUUCACUAUGAGAGAGUGGAAUGACAUUAGGCAAGAUACUCAGUCAAAGAAGAUUUUAGUUGCUAAGAAUGGUCAGGAAGAGGAAAUGUACCCUCCAAAUUUGAGUGAUGAUGAUGGCACUUACUUAGAGGAUGAGGAAGGAAAUAGGCGCAGGUUUGAGGGAGACACAGAGGAGGAGGAAGAUGAGGAUGUAGAGAGAGUGUUACCUGAGGAAGAACACCGUAGUUUGGUCAUUAGGAGAAGUUUCCACACCACACCCUUAGCAAGGAAGUCUGACCAAAGGGAAAACAUAUUCCAAACUAAAUGCAAAGUGCAGGGGAAGGUUUGUGAUCUCAUUAUUGAUAGUGGAAGUGAGUCCAACUGUGUGAGCAGACAGCUGGUAGAUGAACUAAACCUAGACACCAAGCCCCACCCUCACCCAUACAAGAUGAAGUGGUUGGACAACAAAGCUAGUGGGUCAGUGAGUAGGCAAUGUUUGGUGAACCUUACCUUAGGGUCAUAUACUGAUGAGGUUCUGUGUGAUGUGUUUGAGAUGGAAGCUUGCCAUUUACUAUUAGGUAGACCUUGGCAAUAUGACAAAAAAACCUCACACAAUGGUUACACUAAUACUUACACCCUUAAGCAUAAUGGGAAGAAAAAGGAGCUAGUACCUCUGCCCCCACACCAAACUGUACCCCCCAAACCAUCUAAAACACCCAUACACUUGAUGACCAGGAGAGAGUGUGAAAGGGAGAUUGAAGGAAAAGGAGAAUCAUACCUGUUGAUCACUAAGGAAGUUCAGAAUACCACACCUAUACCACCUGAAUUACAGGGACUGUUAGAACAAUUCAGUGAUGUUUUUCCAAAUGAUCUACCACCUGGACUCCCACCUGUGAGAGGGGUUAAACAUCAGAUUGAUUUAAUUCCAGGGGCUAGCCUACCUAACAGACCUGCCUACAGAACCAACCCCAUGGAGACUAAGGAAUUACAGAGACAGGUUGAGGAGUUAAUACACAGGGGUUAUGUGAGAGAGAGCUUAAGUCCAUGUGCUGUACCUACUUUGCUGGUUCCAAAAAAAGAUGGUACAUGGCGGAUGUGCAUUGAUAGUCGUAGUAUGAAUAAUAUUACCAUUAAAUAUAGGUUCCCAAUACCUAGAAUUGAUGACCUUCUUGAUGAACUAGCUGGUUCAGAAUGGUUUAGCAAGAUAGACCUGCGUAGUGGAUACCACCAAAUUCGAAUGAAAGAAGGAGAUGAGUGGAAAACCGUAUUCAAAACUAAGUAUGGGCUUUAUGAGUGGCUGGUGAUGCCUUUUGGGUUAACAGGGGCCCCAAGUACCUUUAUGAGACUCAUGAAUGCAGUCUUAAGGCCAUUUUUGGGGAAGUUUGUUGUUGUAUACCUUGAUGACAUAUUGAUAUAUAGCAAAACCAUGGCAGAGCAUUUGAACCAUAUUGAGACCUUGUUUAAGACUUUGAGAACACAGAGACUAUAUGGCAAACUAGAAAAAUGCAGCUUCCUCUUACCAGAAGUUAGUUUUUUAGGGUAUAUCAUAGGGAAAACAGGAGUCAAGGUGGACCCAGACAAGGGGAAGUUUGAAUGGACCUCAGCAGCACAGCAAGCCUUUGAAAACCUUAAGGACAUGAUGUGCAAGGCUCCUAUACUUAAAUUACCUGACUUCACCAAGCCAUUUGAGUUGGAAUGUGAUGCUUGUGGGGUAGAAAUUGGGGCUGUGCUUGUUCAGGAAGGAAGGCCUGUUGCUUUUUUCAGUGAAAAGCUGAAUAACAGUAGACUGAAUUAUUCCACAUAUGACAAAGAAUUCUACGCCAUUAUUAGAGCCCUUGAACAUUGGUCACACUAUUUGAGGAUCCAACCAUUUGUUUUACAUACAGACCAUGAAUCCUUAAAACACAUUAAUAGCCAACAUAAGCUGAACAGUAGGCAUGCAAGAUGGGUGGAGUUUUUGCAAACUUUUGAUUUCUCAGCCAAACAUAAGGCAGGAAAGGCCAACAUUAUAGCUGAUGCCUUAAGUAGAAAGUACAAUAUACUUGGGAUAGUAGGAUCUAGAAUUUUGGGCUUUGAAUUCAUAAAAGACCAAUACCCUGUUUGCCCUGAUUUUUCUGAAUUAUACCAGGCAUGUAGAGACAAACCUCAAGGCUUGUAUAGUAUUCACCAAGGUUUCUUGUUCAAAGGUAACAAACUGUGUAUACCCAAGCUUUCUCUUAGGUCUGUUUUAGUGAAGGAAGUACAUGAAGGUAGCAUUGCAGGACACUUUGGAAUACAAAAGACCUUAGAAAUAUUAGCAAAGCACUUCUACUGGCCAAAGAUGUUAGGAACAAUGGGUAAGCACAUUUUGAGAUGUGAAACGUGCCUCAAGGCAAAAGUAACUUUCCACAAAGGAGAGUAUAUACCCUUGCCUAUUGCACAAAAACCUUGGGAGCACAUUAGUAUGGAUUUUAUGAUGGCUUUACCAAAAACAAAGAGAGGCAAAGAUGCCAUCAUGGUAGUUGUAGAUAGAUUUUCAAAAAUGUCUCACUUUAUAGCUUGCACUAAGGUGGAUGAUGCACAAAGCAUUGCAAGGUUGUUUUUUGCUGAAAUAGUUAGGUUGCAUGGCAUACCAAGAACCAUUGUUUCAGAUAGGGACAGCAAGUUUCUCAGCUAUUUUUGGAAAAGUUUGUGGAAGAUGAUAGGCUCUAAACUAUUGUUUAGCACUGCUUACCAUCCACAAACGGAUGGCCAAACAGAAGUGACCAAUAGAACUUUGGGCACCCUGCUCAGGGCCCUAAUAAGCAAAAAUAUCAGAGAAUGGGACUUGAAACUUUGUCAUGCUGAGUUUGCAUAUAAUAGAACACCAAGUCAUGCUACAAAAUACUCACCAUUUGAAUGUGUUUAUGGCACUAAUCCUUUACUUCCUAUAUCUCUUAUCGACCUGCCUAUGUGUGACAGCAAGAGCAUGGAAGCAGAAGAUAUGAUCAAGCAGAUGGAAACAAUACACAAGCAAGUACAUGACAAUUUGGAGAUUACUAACUCAAAGUAUAAGCAACAAGCAGACAAACACCUGAAGCUGAGACAACCUAUCAAGGAAGGGGACUUAGUGUGGGUGUAUCUCAGAAAGGAAAGGUUCCCACAAUUAAGAAAAAACAAGCUUAUGCCAAGAGCCAUAGGUCCUUUCCCAGUAAAGAAGCAGUUUGGCAAAAAUGCAUUUGAAGUCCAGCUGCCAGCAGAGUAUAACAUCUCCUCUACAUUCAACGUAGGAGAUCUCACACUGUAUGAACCUGACAGAGAAUUGAGGACAAUUCUUCCCCAAGAGGGAGGAGUUGAUACAAAUAAAGUAUCAAAGAUCAGGGUCUGCACAGAGGAGAUGCAAGAACAAAACAGCACACUAGAUUUGACAUCUACGCCAAUUGCAUGUGGGACACCAAGGACUGCCAUAGAUACGCCUCAACAAUCACUCAUGAAGCCAAGAACAUAUGACCAAAACAAGGGAACCCAACUCGCCACGAAAUCCAACAGCAAGAGCUCAACAGGUCAGACAGAACCCAAAAACAGAGCAACAAAGUGUCCUGGCAAACAGCUGACCUUGGUGAACCGCCUGAACUCAGACCGGAAACACUUGGACCGGGAGGAAGGUUGGAAUGGCAUCUCACCACAUGGGCCAAGCCACCAAGGGCCAAGGGGUUGUGGAGCAACCUUUGGCCGGCAAGAGGAUAAACUACGGAGUGGUUUAGAAUCCCAAAGGCACCCUGCAAUCAAGGGCUGGAAGUCCUUGCAUUGUACCUAUCAUUCGAGUACUCAGGAAGUGCAAUCAAAGUACCCCGUUCACCCACAUCAGAAAACCAAGAAAGACUUUCUUGUUCUGUUUGCAUGA